CCGCCGUGUGGUGGGGAGACUCUUCUAUACCUCUCUCUCUCUCUCUCUCGUACCUCUGCUGGCUCUCAGAAGCCCUUCGUUCGUCGUGUUUUAUGAAUAAAUUUGUGUGCAAAUUGUCAUGUUAUGAAAAAUGUUGUAAAGGAUUUUGAAAUCGAGUGGUGAAUAUGAUCUCCUCUGUGAGAUUCGCGAAAUUUUCAUGGUAAUGAUCUUGUGAUGUUGUCUAUCGAAAGAAUUAAGUGAUUAAUACGAACUGAGCCUAGUAUAGAGAGCGUCCUCUAAUUGUGGAAACGGCGACUGGCUCUGCUUCACGAAAAGAUGACGCUGUUAAUGGCAGACGACCUCUAGUAGAUUUUCUGGGACCUUUAGAUUCUCUUGGACACUUGCUGAAGGAUACUCACCGGAAACUGUCAGGAUGUUGAGGUCCUACAGUCUUGACUUGUCCUUCAUCCGACGGGUCAAGAGGAAGAAGCGGAGGACAAUAUGGGGUGGCGGCAUGGCGGGGUCCAGCGUGGAGCUGGGUGGGCGGGGAAUGGGAUGCGUGGGCAGCUUGGGCGGCUCACUAGGCCCUGGCCGACGGUCGCGUACGCCCCUCACCGACCUCGCUAAGAGCGGUCUUUGCGUAUCGAGCGACGUCGGAGAUGGGGGUGGUGUGCGUAUCACCCACCUGACGGGUAGCAGUGGCAUGGGCGUCAAUGUGGGCAGGAGUAUGGUCGAUAUGGACGAGGGUGAGACGCGGUUCCCUCGCCUCGACCAGUGCGCCCAUUUCCACUACGAGUACGUCGAGUUGCCUCCUCUGCAGAUAUCACUAGUACACGAAGAGCUAAAACCUCUGAGCGCGGGCACGGGUUACGCCUGUGAAGAUUCGGAAAAUCGAUCCCAUCUGGUACAGGUGGCAUCACUGGGUCGUUCUUGGGUACUCCGUCGUACCUACGAUAAUUUUAGGUUCCUAGACAGACAGCUCCAUCGAUGCUGCUACGAUAGAAAAUUCUCACACCUGCCUGAGCUGCCACCUGAGGAAAACUUCCCCGGAAAUGACAGAGAGGCUGCCGUGGCUGGCCUGUUGGGAGAGUAUGUGGCUCGCCUGAGUGAGGUUGCCGGGUCAUUAAUCACCUGUGGACCUGUACUCAAUUGGCUGGAGCUCGACAACCGCGGCCAUCGCUUGAUCGUCACUGAUGACUCCGAUAUCAACACUCCUGCUGUUGCUGCAGCCUACGUCGUCAAGAGGUACAUCGCUCAGGCCUCCGACGAAAUCUCCUUCGAGGUGGGCGACAUGAUAAGUGUGAUCGACAUGCCACCUCCUGAGGAGUCGAUAUGGUGGAGGGGAAAGAGAGGUUUCCAGGUGGGCUUCUUCCCCUGUGAGUGUGUCCAGGUCAUUGGUGAUAAGGUUCCACAGACAAUCCAGCCCCAAACUUUAACUCUACCACCAGCCAGAACUCAGCCUGCUGUAGCUGCUGGGCAUCAACAUCACACACUCCACUCGGGUGCUCAAGCCCCAACGAAGCCAGUUCUAAGAAAACAUGGCAAACUAAUUGCCUUUUUCAGGAGCUUCAUUCUAUCUCGGCCAUCCCGACGAAAACUAAAGCAAUCUGGGAUUCUUCGAGAGAGAGUAUUUGGCUGUGAUUUGGGAGAGCAUCUAUUGAAUUCUGGACAUGAAAUCCCAAUGGUGCUAAGAUGUUGCUCAGAAUUUUUGGAAGCUCAUGGUAUUGUAGAUGGAAUAUACAGACUUUCAGGCAUCACGUCAAAUAUACAAAAACUUCGAAAUGCAUUUGAUGAGGACAGGAUACCCGAUUUAUAUGGUGACGAGAAUAUACUGCAGGAUAUCCAUUGUGUCUCCUCUGUGUUAAAAAUGUAUUUCCGAGAACUUCCUAAUCCCUUACUGACAUAUCAGCUCUAUGAAAAAUUUGUUGCAGCUGUAAUGCAAGAUGAAGAUGUCAGGUUACUGUAUUUAAGGGAUGUUGUUCAGCAGUUGCCACCCCCUCAUUAUAGAACACUUGAAUAUUUGGUGCAACAUCUUGCAAGGAUAGCUUCUCAUAGCUGUGACACUGGUAUGACCCCAAAAAAUAUUGCCAUUGUUUGGGCACCAAAUUUGUUACGUUCAAAAGAUUUAGAUAAUGGCGGAGUUGCUGCCCUUCAGGAUGUUGGUACUCAAGCUGUUGUAACGGAGUAUCUCGUACGUUACGUUGAUCUGAUAUUCAACGACAAAAUUCCUACAUUUUAUCAUUCCACCAAUGGAGUAGAAGGAACUCCAAAGAAGUCCCGACCUAAGUCUCUUGCAAUAUCAACUCCUACAAAACUUUUAUCAAUUGAAGAGGCUCGUACAAGGGCACUUAAUCCAGCGAUAAAACCUGACCAGAAAUACAUUGAAGUCGGUGGUGGUCCACAGAAUUUACCUCCUAAGUAUCACACUGUAAUUGAACUACCGAAUCGCAAGGGUGGUAGCUUAAAGCAGAAAAAAUCGCCUUCUGGCUGGAAGAGCAUUUUUUCAAAAGGGCGCAGUAUUCAUAAACACCAAAGAAAAGCAUCAACUCCAAGUGAUAUCCACCUUAAUAUAUCAGACUCUGUGGUGACAGAGGCAGACAUUGCCCCUUCCUCUUCCAAGCGACUGCGACCUGUCAAGUCAGUAGAAUCCCUCGUCUCCACAUCUGCCUCACAACGUUCAAACAGAAAUUCCCAGGCCCUAGAUUCUCCAGGGAGGCUGGAUACAUCAGACUGGGAGAGUCCUGAAAGAGUAACUAGAGAUGAAAGAGAGAGUAGAAGCAGUUCCCUAUCAAGUCCCAUCCCUUCUCCUCGCACUCAUAACCGUUCUGUUUCUCAUGACUCGUACUUCAAUACUUUGGAAAACCAGACCAAUAAUUUACCUUCUCAGGUACCAGUUAAGGAGGAAGGUGAGAGUGACAUAGAUUUUUCACCAAGCCAUUCAAGGAUGAAUUUGGACAUAAGUGAACUUGAUCUAAACUUCAGCACAAGUGAAAAAGAUCUGAAAGGCUUUGAAGUUGACACUCUUAAAUCAACUUCAGUAGAAGACCCAGAUGAUAUGUCAGGUUCUACAUUAGAUAUGGAGAACUUGAGUAUGUGUUCCGAUAGUGCAAAAAGUAAAGAAAACACAAGUCCUAGGCCAGAGAAAAAAAGUCUCAAAGAGAAAAUCCGACACAGGUUCACUUCACCACCUACCCAGAGAAGAGGUGAUCAUGGUAUAAGUGAUUCAAGUGAAGAAUCUUGUAAUAACAGCCUUAAAAGAGCCUCCGCUUCUUUAAAAGAUAAGAUUGUAUAUGCCCUUAGCCCAGAAACAACUCGUCGACGUAGCGAUGCAUCUCCAAAAGCAGCAUCUCCAUCCAGCUCCCCUAAAUUAAAACAUGUUCGAACAACAGAUAGUAGCAGCAAGGGUGGUCAUGGAAAACUGGAGGCUUGUAGCUAUUUAUCUACAUCUAAAAUGACAGAAAUUGAUACAAAUGUUGAGACAGUUUUAGCAGAAGUUCAUGUAGAACCAGGCAGGAGAGAAUCUGGAGAUACAUCAUCAAGACAGAGUAUGGACAGUGCACUUAUUGAUCCAGAGCUCUUGGAUAAAAUAACACAUUUGCGAACUUCUCCAUCUAUCAGUGCUUCUGAAGUGAGUAACACGUCAAUGGCUGAUGCCUCACCAUCUGAUAAUGAAUGCAUUUCUUUGGGAACUUUGGGUAAAACUUAUAGUGGGUUAGUUGUUGCAACCCAAUUUAAAGAAACUAGCUCAGACUCCAGUAGUAGUAACAUACCUUCCUCUGCAACAGUUGUUGCUCCGGGUACACCACCAGUCACAAUAAUUGCUGAAGGGUCAGAAAUAGUACAAGGAGAAACACAAGUAACCCCAAUGGAUGAAGAUCUGACACCACUGCAAGAGAUACCAAAAGCUCGACCUAAUUCUCUGUUAGGUCUUCCUACAGCCGAGCUUCUUACACUAGGUUCAGCUCUUACUUCACCAGAGACCCCUCAAGGCGAUUCAACAUUCUUAGAGAUUCAAUAUCAUCCAUUAAGUGAUACUACUGAACCUUCAACCCCUAGUGAAUCUCAGUUUGUUCAGGAUCUUGUAGCUGGAGGCCAUUCUAUACCUAACCCACCUAUAGUAGAUGAGCCAAGACAGUCUAGUCCACUGUCAGUAGACUUAAGCAGCAGUGAUGACCCAACAGAAGAUGGUCCCAUGUAUGAAAAUGUUGAUAUAAGCAGCUCUGUUCAUUCAGGCCAAAACUCCAUUAAUCAGUAUGAUGAACCAGAGCCUUUAUCACCUACCACAAGUAUUCAGUCUUCCCUAGCUAGUUUUCAGACUUCUCAGACAAGUGGCCAAGGAUUACUUGAAAGUGAAGUUCUUGGAUCUGAUGUUGAUUAUGAAAAUUAUAAUUGUAGUUCAGAGUAUGAGAAUGUUAAGUAUGGUGCUGAGUAUGAAAAUGUACAGUUCCAACCUGAAUAUCCAGUCUUGGACUUUGAGUUAACAGAUGAAAGUGUCAGAGUUGAGGAAAGACAGAUCAGUUCAGUAGAUAGAGUAAAUGAUGAGAAAUCAGUGAGUGCAGAUAUAUCACCUAGAAAUACUUGUUAUGAAAAUGUUAAUGUUGCUAAAGGAGAAACAAUGUUAGUAGAUGAUGCUUAUGAGAAUGUGGCAUCAUCUAUAAAAGAUUCUCCUCCUGUAUAUGAAAAUUUAGAUGAAAGUAGUGAUGAUCAAGAACAUAUAGUUCCUGAAGUUGAUGAUGCUUAUGAAGAUUAUUCUUUUACAGAACAACCUGAGUAUGAAAAUGUUGAAUUCAAAUCGCAGGCAUCAGCAAUCUCAGAUGGAGCACCAAAAACUGAUAUAUGUGAGGCUGAGAUUGAAGGGGAAAUGGUUUAUCAGCAGGUAAAAUUUUUAAGGAAGUCUAUCCAGGAAGUAAAUGAAUUACUUAAAGUAAAUGGAGAAAAACAAAAAAUUCAUAAAUCUCAGAAUGAUAGUGUGAGUGAAAGUGCUUUGACUGGACCUGUAGACACAGCAGUAGAUACAGUGAAUUUAUUAGAGAAUUCUUCAGAGCUUCCAAUUCAGGUGCCUCAAGUGGGUGACAUUUGUGCUCCCAAACCAUGUGAACCCAUGCCUUGUUCCCAAAACACUGUAUCCCAAUCUGUGGAGAUAGCUAUAGAUAAUGACCUAAGCACUCAGCCAAAUGAGGAUAGUGAGUGUCUUGACUCCCCUGUUACUCCCUCAUCAACUAGUCUGGCAACAGAAGUAUUAGUCUUGCCAGCUUUCGCUUCUCCAACAGAAUCUACAACAGAUGAUGUAACAUCCCCAGUAAGUAGCGAUGAUGGGAGCUCACCAAAACCUGUUCAAGACCCACAUGGUCAGUGUCUGUCUCCAGCAACUGUGCCACCCAUUUUACCUAGUCUUUCCCCCCCAACACCUGAGAAUGUACCAGUACCUCCUGCUGCCACAUCUACUCCUAACAGAACACUGACAAGCAUCAUAACCCCUGCACCUUGGCCUCGAACUGCAAGUCGUCAUACCCCUAUCACAGCACCCGUACCAAGACCACGACAGCUCCCAAAGCUUAAUUUGUCUUCUCCAUUGGUUUCUCCAGUUUCUACCCCUUCAUCUGUUUCCAUAUCUCCAGAUUCACCAGCAACUCCUGGUACUCCAAGUGGUGCCUCAGGUCAUGAUACACCUACAGAAGAAAAUCCUAAUUUCCAGGUACUUCAACCUAGUCAUUCACCAGUAGUUAUUCAAGAUCAGAAGGUUGAGCUAGUUGAACCUAAAGUAUCCCAUGAUAUAGAUAUUAAUUAUGCCCCAGUAUCUGCAAAAGAAAGCAUUUUAACAGGCCAUUCAUUAGGAACCCACAUUCCCCCUGACUCGGUGAAUCAAGAUAUUAAAAUUUCCAUGGAGAAGAAAACUUCAAUUCCUGCUUCAUCUAGUUUACAGAGGUUUAAAACCUCUCCUGAUUUUAGAUUGUCUUCUAAGGUAACUGGUGUACAAGGUAUUCCUCAGGAGAACACAAGUAAAGAGGCAGAGGAUGUAAGCGCAAUGUCUGUAGUCACUUCAUGUAGUAAUCCUGCUGAUCCAGAUGAUCAGUUGAAAAGGGAAAGAAUAGAAAAGUACAAGGAAGAGAGGAGAUCAUUCCUCAGAGAAAAGUACAAAUCAGAUAGCUUUCGUGGUGAAAAAGAUGAAACUAUGAGACUUAAGCAGAAGGCAACUAGUCCUUCAAGACCAGAGGAUGAAGAUGAAACAUCUCACCAAAGUUCAAAUACUAGGUCUGUAAGCCCUAGAAGGAAAGGCAGCAUCAGCCCAACUAAAAGUUUUGAUGCUCAUGAAGAUAGAACAAGUCCAAGCAAGCACCUAAAUACAGAACAACACAGUUUUGACCAGACAAUUAACACAGACAAAAAAGAUGAUGGUGAUCAAGGUAAUGUCUUCAAACGAACAUCACCUGCUAGAAGGAGCAUGAGUGAUAUGGGUCGUUCUGGUGAAAUAAAAAGUCCUGCAAGGCCACGCCUGUCCGCAGGAUCCCCUUCAACUGCCUUUCAGAGAAGUAGUAGUUGUAGUAGUAAUAACAAUAACAGUAAAUCAGCUGGAGUAACAAGUCCUCGUUCUAGUCUUCGCAAAACUUCAGAAAAGGAUGUAUUGCUGAAACGUUCGAUCAGUAGUGAAACAAAGCCCAAUUUAUGCAGAAAAAUGUCAUCUCCUACCAGUCCUGUAAAAUCUCCCUCAGAGUCAUCUCCUUUCCAAAGGUCAGCUAGCAUUGGAAGCAGACGGAAAGUUGCUAAUGAUGAUGUUGACGAAGACAUAAAUGUUAAGGAACGUGUAGCAAUAUGGAGUGCUGGGAAAUCUCAAGACAAUAUUCAGAGUAAAGAUGUUGUUAAUAAAACUGAUAAGACCAGUAAACCAGAAAAACUAGGCAAUAAGAAGCAAGAGCAAAAACCGACAAAGGAACACCUAACAAGGAAAAAUUCGGUUCCAUUAUCACCUACAAGAAAAUCUCCAGUUACAAAAGUAACUUCCUCCUCUCCUACUGUUCCCAAAGCUACACCACCUUCCCCUGGACUUCCAAAGGCUACUGUAUUUCCAUCUGCUCUUCCAAAGGCAUCAUCAGUAUCUGUUUCCAAGAACACUAUAAAAUCUUCAACCACUGGUGAAAGCAACAUUGAUGUGAAUGCACCUGGAGGGAACUUAGCAGUUAGAGGGAAUUCUGGACAGCAGAGAAGAAUUCGAGAUAUGGCAGCUAUAUUUGAACGAGAUUCACCUACUAGUGCCAAGCCAGCUCUCUUGAGACAAAGUUCAAGGGAGGAAAAGAAGGAAAGGUAA